GGCUCGAUGCGCCGCCCGCGUGGCCAUGAACGCCACCGUCGCCGCCGCGGUCCGGAUCGCCAUCUACAGGUGCUGCGACGCGGGCGGCCCGCGCGACGGCACCCUGGCCGACCUCGUGUCGAUCAUGGCGCCGCGCGGCAGCGCGGUGUCUGGCAGCGCGCUGGCGAUCGGAUUUCUCGGCGCUUGCGCGCGCCAGUUCGCCUCCACGCUGCUCCGCAAGCUCGAGAUCGAUGACCCGGUGGGCGCGCCCCAGGUCCAGGGCGCCCGCGGCAUUUGGGGCGCGAUCGCCACGGUCAUUCUCGACGCGGGGCCUGGGGGCGGUUUGUUCGGCGACGCCCUCGCAGCGCACCUCAUCGAGAUCGCCGUCGUCGUGGUCUGGCAUGGGUAUCUCUCCGA